UGUCCACUGUUUGAGGUGAAAGGCGGGAAAUGAGCGCAGCUGGGAGCCGCCGGUUAUUGAUUUAAGAUACUUCAUGCUUCUGGCUACACUGCAGUAUUGCCAACAGCAUCAAAGUGGAAAGAUACUAAUUCAUUGAAUCAAAACAUGAGAGGAAUAUUUAAACUGAUUGGAUUCAUUCUGUUGUUCCAGCCUGAUCUGAGUAAUACUGUUCUAGUCUGUUAUUUCACAAACUGGGCGCAAUACAGAACUGGAAUUGGUCGAUUUUUGCCCGAUAACAUUGAUCCUUUUAUGUGCACCCAUCUGAUCUAUGCAUUUGCCAAGAUGAAUACAAACCAUGAAAUCACAACCUUUGAAUGGAAUGAUGAAGUUCUUUACAAAACAUUCAAUGAUAUAAAAAAAAAGAAUCUUGAAUUGAAGACUCUCAUAGCUCUUGGAGGUUGGAAUUUUGGUUCCAAACGUUACAACAGCAUGGUGUCAACUAAGACUAAUAGAGCAAUAUUCAUCAACUCUGUGAUUAGGUUUCUGAAGAAAUAUGGGUUUGAUGGUUUAGAUCUGGAUUGGGAAUAUCCAGGUUCUAAAGGAAACCCACCAGAAAAUAAACAACUGUUUACAUCUUUGAUUAUGGAAUUGAGAGAUGCCUUUACAAAAGAGGGAAAAACAGGAAAUGACAAACUGCUGAUUACAGCUGCUGUGGCUGCUGGUAAAGAUAAAAUUGAUGCUAGUUAUGAAGUAUCUAAAAUAUCUAAAUAUUUGGAUUUCAUCAGUGUCAUGACAUAUGAUUUCCAUGGUCACUGGGAAGCCAUCACUGGACACAACAGUCCUUUAUAUCAUAGCAAUGUUGAUAAGGGUGUUGCUUUGGAUUACAAUAUUGAAUUUGCUGCCAAAUACUGGAGAGAAAAUGGUUUACCAGCAGAAAAACUGAUGAUUGGAUUCCCAACAUACGGACGAACCUUCAUGCUUAAGAGUUCCGCCAAUAACAGUGGUGGUGCCCCGAUAGUUGGACCAGGCCCAGCUGGUAUCUAUACAAGAGAUCCUGGCUACUGGGCUUAUUACGAGAUCUGUGACUUCUUGAAAAGUGCUGAAAAACCAAUUUAUACAUCACAAAUGGUCCCAUUCGCUUCUAAGGGAAAGGUGUGGCUUGGAUAUGACGAUAUGAACAACUUUGAGACCAAAGUCAAAUGGAUGAAAGAUAACAAAUUUGGAGGAGCAUUUUUGUGGACGAUAGAUCUUGAUGAUUUUCAAAAUCAUUGCAAACAGGGAGUACUUCCACUAACAACCAGAUUGAAUAAGCUUCUUGAAAUAAAUUCAGGAAAAUCUGCUCUCCCUCCCCAGUCUGCUGUACAUGUGACUUCAGACACACACAGUAUGGUUGACUCUGAAAUGCCCUCUGAAUUAGUCAAGCAAGCUACUGAAUUGUACCUCCCCACAGAAAAGCUGAUAAAAGGAGUUGAACUGGAGAAACCACCUGACAUCCACCAUUGUAUGGAAAAAACCAAUGGCACAUGGAGCCUUGUCAACCCUGCAAAGUCCUCCUUUGGGACUUAUGGCAAACUUGAAGUACUAUCUCAAAGAUGA